AUGGUCGGACAACAAUAUUCAAGCGCACCACUACGUACAGUGAAAGAAGUCCAAUUUGGUCUUUUCUCCCCAGAAGAGGUUCGUGCUAUCAGUGUAGCCAAAAUUAGAUUCCCAGAAACUAUGGAUGAAACUCAAACUAGAGCGAAAAUUGGUGGGUUAAAUGAUCCAAGAUUAGGUUCCAUCGAUCGUAAUUUGAAAUGUCAAACAUGUCAAGAAGGUAUGAAUGAAUGUCCAGGUCAUUUUGGCCAUAUUGAUUUAGCAAAACCGGUUUUACAUGUUGGUUUCAUUGCAAAAAUUAAAAAAGUUUGUGAAUCUGUCUGUAUGCAUUGUGGUAAACUAUUAUUAGAUGAACAUAACGAACAAAUGAGACAAGCUAUUGCUAUAAAAGAUUCUAAGAAGAGAUUUAAUGCUGUAUGGAAUUUAUGUAAAACAAAAAUGAUAUGUGAUACUGAUGUACCUUCUGACGAUGAUCCAACCCAACUGAUAUCAAGAGGUGGUUGUGGUAAUGCUCAACCAACUGUUCGUAAGGAUGGUUUGAAAUUAGUAGGAAGUUGGAAGAAAGAGAAAAAUACUAAUGACGGAGAUGAACCGGAACAAAGAGUUUUAAGUACAGAAGAAAUUUUGAACAUUUUUAAACAUAUUUCUCCAGAGGAUUCAACAAGAUUAGGUUUCAACGAAGAAUUUGCACGUCCGGAAUGGAUGAUUCUAAAUGUCUUACCUGUUCCACCACCACCAGUUCGUCCAUCAAUUUCAUUUAAUGAAUCCCAAAGAGGUGAAGAUGAUUUAACGUUUAAAUUGGCUGAUAUCCUGAAAGCGAAUAUUAGUUUGGAAACAUUGGAACAUAAUGGUGCACCACACCAUGCUAUUGAAGAGGCAGAAAGUUUGUUACAAUUCCAUGUUGCAACAUAUAUGGAUAAUGAUAUUGCAGGUCAACCUCAGGCUCUUCAAAAAUCUGGUCGUCCAGUCAAAUCUAUUCGUGCACGUUUAAAGGGUAAAGAAGGCCGUAUUAGAGGUAACUUAAUGGGUAAGCGUGUGGAUUUCUCUGCAAGAACUGUUAUUUCUGGUGAUCCAAAUCUAGAAUUAGACCAAGUUGGUGUACCAAAAUCGAUUGCCAGAACUCUUACAUAUCCAGAAGUUGUUACUCCAUAUAAUAUUGAUCGUCUAACACAAUUGGUGCGUAACGGUCCAAAUGAACAUCCUGGUGCAAAAUAUGUUAUUCGUGACAACGGUGAUCGUAUUGAUUUAAGAUACAGUAAAAGAGCUGGUGAUAUCCAGUUACAAUACGGGUGGAAAGUUGAACGUCAUAUUACGGAUAAUGAUCCAGUUCUAUUCAAUCGUCAACCUUCUCUGCAUAAAAUGUCUAUGAUGGCCCAUAGAGUUAAAGUUAUUCCAUAUUCCACAUUCAGAUUGAAUUUGUCUGUUACCUCUCCUUAUAAUGCCGAUUUCGAUGGUGAUGAAAUGAAUUUACACGUUCCACAAUCUGAAGAGACAAGAGCUGAAUUGUCACAAUUAUGUGCUGUUCCAUUACAAAUUGUUUCAGCACAAUCUAAUAAACCAUGUAUGGGUAUUGUGCAAGAUACUUUAUGUGGUAUUCGUAAAUUAACAUUGAGGGAUACCUUCCUUGAAUUUGAUGAAGUUCUAAAUAUGCUAUAUUGGGUCCCAGAUUGGGAUGGUGUCAUUCCUACUCCAGCCAUUAUAAAACCAAAACCGCUAUGGUCAGGUAAACAAGUGCUUUCUAUCGCGAUUCCUAGAGGUAUUCAUUUACAACGUUUUGAUGAAGGUACUACUUUGUUAUCACCAAAAGAUAAUGGUAUGCUUGUAGUCGACGGCCAAAUUAUUUUUGGGGUUGUUGAUAAGAAAACUGUGGGGUCAUCCAAUGGUGGGUUAAUUCAUGUCGUCACAAGAGAAAAGGGUCCAACAAUAUGUGCAAAAUUAUUUGGUAAUAUUCAAAAAGUGGUCAAUUUUUGGCUAUUGCAUAACGGGUUUUCAACAGGGAUUGGUGAUACAAUUGCUGAUGGAUCAACUAUCAAAGAAAUUACAGAGACCAUCGCGGAUGCAAAGCGUAAAGUUGAAGAUGUUACAAAAGAGGCACAAUCUAAUUUGUUAACGGCAAAGCAUGGUAUGACAUUACGUGAAUCUUUCGAAGAUAACGUUGUUCGUUUCCUUAAUGAAGCCAGAGAUAAAGCUGGUCGUCUGGCUGAAAUGAACUUGAAUGACCUGAAUAAUGUGAAACAAAUGGUAAGUGCCGGUUCUAAAGGUUCGUUUAUUAAUAUUGCCCAAAUGUCUGCGUGUGUUGGUCAACAGUCUGUUGAAGGUAAACGUAUUGGGUAUGGUUUUGUUGAUCGUACACUACCUCAUUUCUCAAAGGAUGAUUACUCUCCAGAAUCAAAGGGUUUUGUGGAAAAUUCUUACUUAAGAGGGUUGACACCUCAAGAAUUCUUCUUUCACGCAAUGGGUGGUCGUGAAGGUCUUAUUGAUACAGCUGUGAAGACUGCAGAAACAGGUUAUAUUCAACGUCGUUUAGUGAAAGCUUUAGAAGAUAUUAUGGUCCACUACGAUGGUACGGCAAGAAAUUCACUUGGUAACGUUAUCCAAUUCAUUUACGGUGAAGAUGGUAUGGACGCUGCCCACAUCGAAAAACAAUCAUUAGAUACAAUCGGUGGUUCCGAUGCUGCAUUCGAAAAGAGGUACAGAAUUGAUUUAAUGAAUCCAAAAAAUGCGUUAGAUCCAUCAUUACUAGAAUCUGGUUCUGAAAUAACAGGUGAUGUCAAACUACAGUCUUUACUAGACGAAGAGUAUAAACAAUUAAUAAAAGAUCGUAAGUUUUUAAGAAAAAUUUUUGUAGAUGGGGAAUCAAACUGGCCAUUACCAGUUAAUAUCAGACGUAUCAUACAGAAUGCACAACAGACUUUUAGAAUCGAUCAUUCAAAACCAUCAGAUCUAACAAUACGUGAUAUCAUAUUUGGCCUAAAAGACCUGGAAGAACGUCUAUUAGUGUUACGUGGUAAAAGUGAAAUUAUCCAAAAAGCUCAAGAUGAUGCAAUUACCUUAUUUUGCUGUCUGGUACGUUCACGUUUAUCUACUCGUAGAAUAUUACAAGAAUAUAGAUUAACUAAACAAGCUUUCGAAUGGGUCCUUAAUAAUGUUGAGGCACAGUUCCUACGUUCAGUUGUUCAUCCUGGUGAAAUGGUCGGUGUGUUAGCAGCGCAAUCUAUUGGUGAACCAGCUACACAAAUGACAUUGAAUACUUUCCAUUUUGCCGGUGUGGCCUCUAAAAAAGUUACUUCUGGUGUUCCUCGUUUAAAGGAAAUUCUAAAUGUCGCAAAAAACAUGAAGACACCUUCUUUAACUGUCUACUUAAAGGAUGAUUAUUCAUCAGACCAAGAAAAGGCUAAGUUUAUUAGAUCUGCAAUUGAACACACUACAUUGAAAAGUAUCACAGUUGCAUCAGAAAUUUACUACGAUCCUGAUCCACGUUCCACUGUUAUUCCAGAGGACGACGAAAUUAUUCAAUUACAUUUCUCUUUAUUAGAUGACGAAACUGAACAAUCUCUAGAUAGACAAUCGCCAUGGUUAUUACGUCUAGAACUUGAUCGUGCAGCUAUGAACGAUAAAGAUUUGACAAUGGGCCAAGUGGGUGAAAGAAUCAAAGAAACGUUCAGAAAUGAUCUUUUCGUCAUCUGGUCAGAAGAUAAUGCAGAAAAAUUAAUCAUUCGUUGUCGUGUUGUCCGUCCGAAAUCCAUGGAUGCCGAAACCGAAGCGGAAGAAGAUCAUAUGCUAAAGAAGAUUGAAAACACCAUGCUUGAAAAUAUUACAUUGCGUGGUGUGGAAAAUAUUGAGCGUGUUGUUAUGAUGAAAUAUGAUCGUAAAGUUCCAAGUCAAUCUGGUGAGUAUCAGAAAGUACCCGAAUGGGUCUUAGAGACUGAUGGUGUCAAUCUAUCUGAAGUUAUGACAGUACCGGGUGUGGAUGCAACAAGAAUAUAUACAAAUUCAUUUAUCGAUAUUACUGAAGUACUGGGUAUUGAAGCAGGUCGUGCAGCCUUAUACAGAGAAGUUUACAAUGUUAUUGCCUCUGAUGGUUCUUACGUUAACUAUCGUCAUAUGGCUUUAUUGGUUGAUGUUAUGACAACACAAGGUGCAUUAACAUCUAUUACUCGUCAUGGGUUCAAUAGAGCUUCAACCGGUGCUUUAAUGAGAUCGUCGUUCGAAGAAACGGUCGAAAUCUUAUUCGAAGCCGGUGCUUCUGCAGAAUUAGAUGAUUGUCGUGGUGUUUCAGAAAAUGUUUUAUUAGGACAAAUGGCUCCAAUUGGUACAGGUGCGUUUGAUGUUAUGAUUGAUGAAGAAUCAUUGGUUAAGUACAUGCCUGAACAGAAGAUUAUGGAACUUGAAGGUGAAGAAGACGGUGGUGCUACUCCUUACAGUAAUGAAUCUGGUCUAAUAAAUACAGAAAUCGAUGUGAAAGACGAACUUAUGUUUUCCCCAUUGGUCGAUGCAGGUACAACAGAUGCUAUGGCCGGCGGAUUUACUGCAUAUGGUGGUGCAGACUAUGGUGGUGCGACCUCACCUUUUGGUGCAUAUGGGGACGCUCCUACCUCUCCUGGUUUCGGUGGCGUAUCUUCUCCAGGUUUCUCACCAACAUCGCCCGGAUAUUCGCCAACGUCACCAAGUUAUAGUCCAACCUCUCCUUCAUAUUCACCAACCUCACCAUCAUACUCCCCAACUUCUCCAUCGUACUCUCCAACUUCGCCAAGUUACAGUCCGACAUCUCCAUCUUACUCACCAACCUCACCAACUUAUAGUCCAACAUCACCAAGCUACAGUCCUACAUCUCCAAGUUACAGCCCAACAUCUCCUUCAUAUUCGCCAACCUCACCAAGUUACAGCCCAACCUCACCCUCCUACUCACCUACCUCACCAAGCUAUAGUCCAACAUCACCUUCAUAUUCUCCAACAUCGCCUAGUUACAGUCCUACCUCUCCAACAUAUAGUCCUACUUCUCCUUCAUACUCACCUACAUCCCCUUCAUAUUCCCCAACUUCACCAAGCUAUAGUCCUACUUCUCCUUCAUACUCACCAACAUCUCCAGGGUAUUCUCCAACCACAGGUAGCUACAGCCCGGGAUCUCCUACAUACUCUCCAAAAGAGGGAGAUGACAAAAAUAAAAAAGAUGAGAAGGAAAAUUCAUCAUAA